UUGUGUUUAAGUGCACUCGAGAGCACCGAAGGCGUUACAGUGUUAAUGAGCAGAACGGUGUGCUGCUGAUGAUGACAUGUAACCGCUGUGACACUGCUGUAUGUGCGCCACCGCAUGUUCACAAGCAGGUUACAGAAAUCCACGGCGGUUUAUUGAAACAAUCUGCUCGUGCACCACCAGCGAGCGCUUGAUUGAUGCUUCUCCAUCUCUGAAUGAAGUGCUGCUCUCACAGAGGACGCGACUGUCGUUGAUGACACCGAGGAGACUAAAAUGGGAGAACAUCACCUGAGCCCUGCUUCCAGAGAAGAGACAGACACAAAGGCGACUGACAACCGACGGUCAUUCGAAAAGAGCCGAACGGAUGCUUCGUUUCCAAUGAUCGUUACACGAACUGACAAGUGUGAACAUUCAUCUAAGAGGGAUCAGGAUGUGCUGAACAUUUCUUCUUGUGUUACAUCAUCUUUCAAGGUGUGAAGAGUGACAGUACAGUUGUCAGACCUUCAGGCUGGUGUUGGUGAUAUCCGAAAGGCUCCUAAUGCGUAAUCUCCCACCUUGUCUCUGUCACUAUGCCCACCUUUCCACCUCUGGGCAGUAACUCCAGCACAGUGCCCUGGGACCCCGGCGCACCUUCUCUGGUGAACAGCAUGGUGAAGAUGGUGCUCAUAUCGGUGAUCGUGUGCACAUCGCUUUUUGGAAAUGUUGUUGUGCUACUGGUAUUCCAGCGCAAGCCGCAACUUCUCCACGUUGCCAACCGUUUCGUGCUUAACCUGCUCCUGGCCGACCUACUGCAGACGGUGUUUGUCAUGCCCUUCGCCAUCGCUGCCACCGUGCCUGAGGUCUGGCCGCUGGACGCCCGACUCUGCCAAGCCCUUGUGGUGCUCAUGCACCUGUUUGCAUUUGCUGGCGUCAACACCAUCAUCGUGGUAUCCGUAGAUCGCUAUUUGGCCAUCAUCCACCCGCUGUCCUACCCCACACGAAUGACACCUCACCUGGGUACCAACCUGAUCGCUCUCACAUGGCUUCUUAGUGUGCUUCAGAGCACUCCGCCGCUUUAUGGAUGGGGAACCAUCGAAUUUGAUCUGCGCCACAAAGCCUGCACUGUUGUGUGGUCCUCAAGCUACUCGUAUUCAGCCCUGGUGUCUGCACUUUCGUUCUGGCUGCCUGUGGUGAUCAUGCUUUGCUGUUAUUGGAUGGUAUUCAGGGCGGCAAGGCGGCAGAAUGCCCUCGUUCACCCUAUCCAAUCCAAUCGCCCUCCAGAUUCCCAAGCAUCCUGUUCCAGCCCCCAAAGGCAUCCCCAACCAGAAGGCCCCUUUUCAGCCUCUUAUCCCAUCAGAACCCGCCAUAGACGAUUCCAUUAUCACUGUAAGGCUGCGCGGGUGGUGUUUGUCAUCAUGGCGUCCUAUGUGUUCAGCAUGGGCCCGUACAGUGUGCUAAGCACAAUAUCCAUUUACUCUAGUGCAAUGGUGCCACCCUGGUUGGCCUCGAUGGCGCUCAUUCUCUUCUUUCUGCAGUGCUGCUUACACCCCUACAUCUACGGCUACAUGCACCGCAGCGUACGCAAGGAGUUCCUGGCUCUGCUCUGCGGGCCACUGUGCGGGCAGGGCCGGAUCAGUCAGGGCUCCGGCGUGGACAGUUGCUUCACGGUGACGGAUGGACGCAUGGCACACACUCAUCUCUCAAGCCAGGCUGCCCGAGUGUGUCCUCUCCAAACCUGGGAGGAAGGCACCGUGUCUUCUUCCCCUACAGAGAGGAGGUCCAAAGACAGCCGUAAGGAAACCACCUCCAUCAGUCUGAGCUCAGAGAAGGAGCUCACGGUACACAGCAACACCAACAAACAACACGAGGAAACACCUACAGGCAAAUUCUGAACAGAUCUGGGGUUUAUACAUCUCUUCUGGUUUCCAUUUAGGGCACAAUUUGGUACUUUUGAAUCAAAUACUGUGCCUUUAAACACAAGCUCACACUCUCAGACAGAAAGGUACAGAAACUGUCACUGAGACAGUAUCCUUUUAAAAUGUACUAUUAUGUGCCAUUUAUUUACUAAUAUGUACAUUUUAAGUGAUAUCAUGUACCUUUAAGAUACUAAAAUGAACCAAAAUAUAGGGAACAAAUGGUCCAAAAUGUCCUUUAUUAAAAGGUACCGAGUCUGAGAAGUAAUCUGAGAAUGCAUAUUUGUGACCCUGGACCACAAAACCAGUCUUAAGUGUCAAU